AUGGACCUCACCGAAGAACCCAGCACCAGCACCAUCACCCUCACCACCCCCAAAGCCUCCAUCACCGGCACCGCCAUCGCCAUCAUCCUCGAAGAACUCAGUCUCCCUUAUACCCUCAACCUCCUCCCCAACAGCCACAGCGACAGCCACACCCACCAUGAUUCCCCAUUCUCGUUCUCAUCCCCAACACCAACACCACCACCACCAACAACCCUAACAGACACCAACCGCCCCAACCACGACCCUCCCCUACAAACCCUCUCCUCCAUAACCACCUACCUCCUAAGUAACUACGACAAGGACAAUCACCACAUCACAUACCCACCAAAUACUCUCGAACAAGCAGCAGUGGAAGAGCAUUGCUCGAAGCUAGAAUUCUGGAUGGGAAGCACCGACCCUGAACCUGAGCAUCAACAACAACAAUCACCCCCAGUGACAACCGAGACUGGAUCGAAUAAACACACCACACCUAUUAUUUUAACAGCGCAUACAUUGAUGGAUCGCCCCUUCAGGGAAAGGUUAAUCGAUCUAUAUCGCCUUCUGGAGCUGGCUUUGAAUCGGCAGAGGUGGGGUGAGGGAAGUGGGUGGUUGGCUGGGGAGAAGUGUACGGUGGCUGAUCUAGUGCAUUUCCCGUAUGUCGCGGCGGCGAGUCAAUAUGAGUUUAAUCUGAGGUUGCUUCCUUGGUUGAGGCUGUGGUUUGAGCGGAUGAAGAGGAGGGAUGGGGUGAGGAGGGGGUGGGAGAUGGUUCAUCCUGGUGAGGGGGAGUAA